CUUGUGUAGCACUGCCAGCGCCACAAAUACACACGGCCAAACAGAAGUAAUAGAUACCUACCUUUCUGGCGGAAGAGGCAAGGCAGAUUAGGAAAGUGGAAUCAUUAGUCAUGGUCUAUGUGAUAACUAUUGGGGGCCGCUGUAUUUCCAGCUCCAAGGAGAGUCGCAAUGGCAUUAUUAAACGCUGGAUGAAUUCUCUCCUCUUGACCAGCUUCUUACGCUCCCACCUACUUUCUGCACUACACCAGUCAACUCUCGAGGACAGGACUAUCAUGGGCUCUCCUGGGAGUCUCUGCCUCGUCCAGUGUGUUGCCCUCACAGCUCUGCUGGGCCAGCAGAAAGUUGCUGUUCCCGGAAGCCCUGCUUAUACGGAAUCACUGGGUUCCUACUUCUCGCAGCAGGAGGCUGCCGUACAGCCUGCGUGCAUUGUUCUCCCAGAGUCAGCCUCAGACGUCUCGCAGACGGUCGUAGCUCUCCAGCAUGAGCGUUGUCCCUUCGCGGUUCGCUCGUGCGGCCACACUGCCUGGGCAGGUGCAGCCAACAUUGCAGACGGCGUCGUGAUUGAUCUCCGUCGUCUAGAUGCCAUCGAACUCUCCGCGGAUCAGUCGACCGUCUCGGUCGGCGUUGGUGCUUCCUGGGAUAUGGUGUACGCCAGGCUCGACCCUCUCGGGCUGAGUGUGAACGGCGGUAGAGCCGCUGGAGUAGGAGUUGGUGGCCUCUGCCUGGGCGGUGGCAUCUCCUACUUUUCACCGCGUUAUGGCUGGACCUGCGACACGGUCACCAACUACCAGAUUGUCCUCGCGGAUGGCGCUAUUGUCAACGCCAACACUAAGUCUAACCCCGACUUAUUCCAGGCCCUGAAAGGUGGAAACAACAACUUUGGCGUCGUCACCCAGGUUGAAUUGACCACCUUCGAGCAAGGGAACGUAUGGGCCGCCACCGUCUACAACGACCUCAGCCUCGUCGACGAGGUCAUAGCCGAGUUCGUCAAGCUCAACUCGCCCACGGCAUACGACGAGUAUGCCUCUCUGAUCACGGCGUUCGGCUACUCCCAGGCACGGGACUUGGCGGUUAUCUCCAGCAAUCUCGAGUACACCAAGCCCAUUGAGAAUCCGCCAGUAUAUGAGGCCUAUCUGGCUCUGCCCAGUCUGAUGAGCAAGUCUGAGAUCACGAACUUGACGAACCUUUCCUUCGCGACCCAGGCCCUGCAGCCAAACGGAGCAAGAUCGUUUUCCCUCGUCACCACCCUCGUCUCCUCUGCACCAGUCAUCAAAGCUGCGUACGAAGCAUGGAAGGCUAGUCUCCCCGCUGUUAAAGAUAUCCCCAAUAUUGUCUACGCGCUCGCACUCGAACCGCUGCCACCAAUCUUCUACUCCCGGCACGCCAGCACCAACGCUCUGGGCCUAGAAGACCGGACCGCCUCGCUCAUCGUCGUGCUCAUUUCAGUGACCUGGUUUACAUCAGAGCACGAUUUACUCGUGAGCGAGACGUCGCAGUCGCUGCUGGACGAGAUCAAUGCUGCCGCCGCGAAACUGGGUGGCUUGGACCCCUAUAUCUAUCUGAACUACGCGGGGCAGGACCAGGAUCCUAUUGCGAGUUAUGGCGCAAAGAGUGUUAGUCAGUUGCAGCAGGUGAGGGCGAGGGUAGACCCGAACAAGGUCUUUACUGAUCAAGUCCCUGGAGGGUAUAAGAUCCCUUCGUCGUAGAGUAAGUACUGUGACCAGAGAGUAUUAUUUGAAUAUAUUUGUAGUACUUGAAUAAUAGAAGCCUAU